CCGCGAACUUCAUCUCUCCUUCCCCCUCAGGUGCGUCGGCUCCGUUUUUCGACGCUACUAGCACAAUUCGAACGGCGUGGAUAGAGAAUGGCUCCCUCACCGCAAAAAUCCAAAAAGUCCCGCACAAAACCGCCGCGCGGACGGCCUGCAGCAACUUCUGCCAUCUCGCAACCCGCGGUCGAGGAUGCCACAACCUCUACCUACCUCUCCUCGUUCUCGCCAGAUGGGCAGCUCUUCGCUUUCUUGUCAUUGGCGGUUGACAAGCAUGCCCUGAAAGUAUACGACACCUCGACACGGCGGUCGGUCGCAGAACAUGUCGUAGACGCGGCGCGCGUAACUUCUCUGUGCUGGGCUAGGCUCGACCUCGCGGAAGGGCAGGGGAAGGGUGCGGAGGAUGAGGAUGCGUCCCGGAAAAGCAAGCGGAAGAAGAGGAGUAGCCUCUCAGCCGGUGCUGCGGCUCCUGGCGCUGCAGCACCCCAGCUGGUAGUGCUUGGUCUCUCGGACGGUUCGCUCCUUCUCUUCUCGCCUUCCCAUGGCAGGCUGCUUCGGACACUUUCGGACCCUUCCAGUUCCACUGCUGUCCUUGCUGUUGCUGGUCAGGAGACGGAGUCGGGGGACCCACACACUCUCUGGACGUCAAGCUCGGACGGUGCUCUCCGCCUCUGGAAUGCGCGGACAAACCAAGUCGCCCAGUCGCAUUUCAGCGACGAUCGAAUACCAUAUACUGCGCUCUCUGUACGAAAAUCAGAGGAGGAAGAUGUAGUCGAAGUCCUCGCCGCACACCACUCGAUACACCUCCUCGCAGUGUCCUCUGAUACUCGGAAACCCAAAACACUAGCCAAGUUCACCGGGCACGCCUCCCCAGUAAGCGCAUUGGCAUGGGUGGACUCUGCCCGUUUCCUCUCUGUCGCAUCUGCGGACCGCUUCGUGAACGUCUGGGAGCUACCAACCGCUCCGAAAACCGAAGGCAAAAUUAUCGCUACCAUUCCCCUCGACUCCGACGCUCGUGCAGUCCACUUAGCCAACCCGCCAUCUGCCGACUCGCCUGCGCAACGACUAUUGUUCGCGUUAUCAGCUGCAGGCAAGGUGGCCGUCUUCACUCUUACCUCCGACUUGGCGACGUCAAGUCCCUCGAAGGGCAAGAGCGCAAUCCCCUCACUCAGCCCCAAGUCGGUCAUUUCCCCUUCCUCCAAGAAAAAUGCUGCGGCAUUAUCCGUUCUCGCGGUGUCGUCUGUAGAUGAUGCGGCUGGCCGUCUACGCGUUGCGUCUGUGAGCGGUGGGGUGCAGCUCGCGUUUGACAUAGUGGAGUACCGCGACCAGUCUGGGCACUUCGUCCCUGAUGUUUCGGUUACCGUCGCCACUGCCGCCGCCGCAGUGGGUCAGACAGACGGCAAGGACGGUCUUGGCGCGCCAAACAAGCGGUACAAUGAAGCAGCAGGUCUUGCUGUGGGUACUGGAGCCGAGAUCGGACAAGACCGCGAGCAGGAUGACCUCGUUAUGCGCGACAUUGACGGCGCCCUCGACGCAGAUCUUGCGGAGCUCAGCCUUGGUCAGCGGCUAACAGCCGUCCAAGGCGUAGACUCCCGCGCGCCUGGCUCUGACUCGGAGUCCGAGGCUGAGGACGCCGCCGUGCCUAAUGGGAAGCCGCGUAAAGGCGCACCGGAUGACGCGGUUCCUGCAAGCUCACUCACGCGCACACUCAUCCAAGCUCUCCAUUCGUCGGACUCGCGUUUGCUGGAGACGUGUCUUGCGCAUUCGGACCCCACGCUCAUCCGGAAUACCGUCCGCAGACUGCCACCGCAGCUCGCAGUCCCGCUGGUCACCGCCUGCGUGGAGCGAUUGAGCCGAGGCGCUCGAGGCAACAACAUGAAGGGAGGCGGAGGGGGCGCGAGCUCCCAGCGCGGUACCGCCCUCAUCAACUGGGUGAAAGCGGUCUUGACCACACACAGUGGCCAUCUCAUGACUAUGCCAGACCUGGUCGCUCGGCUAUCUGGCCUGCACGCAACGCUUACCCAGCGGUUGACGCUGCAAGAGAGCCUACUCUCGCUCAGUGGUCGUCUCGACAUGGUCAUUUCGCAAAUCGAGAUGCGCUCCUCGGGUCCCCCGGCACCUCUUCCUAUGCCUAAGAACAGGCGCGGGCAGAACAAGCAAGCGAAAGCUCGUGAGGCGCGCCGGUAUGUCGAAGGCGAGAGCGACGACGAAGAUGAGGAGAAGAUGGAGGUUGCGGUCGAGAGCGCCGAUGAGGAGGGUAGUGUCGAAGACGUCGAGCUCGGCGGCGACAGCUCGGAGAGCGAGGGUGAGGGCGACUCCGUCGAGGGCUCCGACUCCGACGAUGAAGACGAGGACUCGGACGACGAUGGCGACGAUCCCACUAUGGGCGGCUUCAUCGACGACGAAGCGGAGGAGUAUAGCGAAGAUGAGGACGAGGAUGAAAGUGAAUGA